AUGGUUGUAACCUCGAAACUAACACGGAUAUUAACUGUUUUCAGCCCAAUCCUGGCCAUCACCCAACAUGGUCCCGAAGAAUACGUGGACGGCUCCAUAGUAUUCGUCUGCUUCACUCUAGUGGAAGACCUCCUCCCUUGCGCGUUCUUCAUAGGUUCCAUCGUAGUAUUUUUCAUAUUCCCUCUAGCUAUUUUAAUUUGUAUAUAUGCUCUCAUAGCAAAAUCCCUGAUGGCCCACCCCACCAUGGCAGUCUCGACAAGAUCUAACGCCCUACCUUCUCAAAGCGUGGCCAAAUACAGGAAGCAGGUAAUUCUGAUGCUCGGCACCGUGGUCGCUGCAUUCUUCAUCUGCCUUCUGCCUUUCCGGGCCCUAACCUUGUGGAUAAUUGUAGCACCGGCCGGGUCCAGCUACGAAAUAGGUUUCGAGAACUACUACAACAUACUCUACUUCUCCAGAAUUAUGUUCCACAUAAAUUCGGCGGUAAAUCCCAUCCUGUACAACGUCAUGAGUUCGAAAUUCAGGGGAGGGUUCUUCAAGCUCUGCGGACUGAAGAGUAUAAGGAAGAGAUAUAGAAGGAAGCCAGAAAUGACCAGAAAGAGUACCACCAGUUCCUCGGCGCAUACCACUUCCCAACAAACGUCCGAUUCAAAUCUCAAAGGUAGCAGGAGUCAUUCUAGAUAUUCCACUAGCCUCAAGGAAGUCAAGGAAAUUCCUUCCGAGUGUGAAUGUUCCACGAGCGCAAACCAGAGUAAUUUGGCCAAAAAUGCCUACAUCAGAGCGCCUCUGCACAUCGCGCAUGGAAUAUGUGGGCAGAAACUUCCAAAUGGAGAGAUAUUCGUCUGA